CCGAACAAAUCUGACGAACGCGCAAAGGAGAACUUAUGAUGUACGACGUUGUCAAGGAUUACACCCCAGCUUUGACGUCUCAGGACGAGGUGGACGCCGAGCUUGAAGGUCUAUAUGUCCGCAUGCUAUCUCUGCGCGCCCUUCGCAACCGUUUUGCGCACAUUUCCCGGCUCCCGGACGAAUUGCUCUGCUCGAUCUUCCUACACACCCUCUCGGAUAUCAACAUUCACAGGCCGAUACAUGAGGUGUCUGCGGCUAACGCGCGUCUCACACAAGUGUGCGGACAUUGGCGAGCGGUCGCGUUGGCUUCUUCCGCGCUGUGGACAAGCAUCCCUUGCUAUUACCCUCGCAUGACAGAAGAAUACAUCAGGAGGGCGGGAACCAGGCCAGUCGAGGUCGUGACAAAUCAGCCCAAUAGCGAUGCGCUGGCUCUUGCCCUCGCUGCGAUGGACCGCGUGCGCCACCUCGACGUCCGAACCCGUGCGGGUGCGAUGGAAAGUAAUUCACGGAGGCUUUCUAUGCCCGCGCCGGUCCUCACCCGUUGCUCGCUGUCCGUCACCGACGCCGCGUUGUCGUGGCUCCCUGAUGAACUCUUCGGAACUCACGCUCCUCAACUCCGCUCCCUAAUCCUUCAGGGCAUCGCCAUCCGUUGGGAGGCUUUAUCCACGAAUCCCAUUCUAUGCAACCUCACGACUCUAGCUCUAGAAGCCGUGCCGAGCGCUCAGCGGCAAGAACCAGAGCAGGCAUUGACCCUUCUUUCUCAAAUCCCCUCUUUGAAGAGACUUCACCUCGUGGACGCCCUUAAGGGGGUCGACCACAUCCCGUCGGACAAGUCAGGCCCUACCGUUUGGCUGCCUCAGCUCCUGGCGUUGCACAUCGCCGCACCGACCACGUCCAUAUCUGCGAUUCUCCACAGCCUUCGAAUACACCCAAAGGCCAAAGUCAGCAUAUACUGCAGCACCGUUGGGGAUUGCAGUGGCAUCAUGUCCUUCAUUCGACGCUGCUCGAGAGAUUGGGACGCCGUUCACUAUGUCCGCGAUGAUUGCAACCGUGUCACAUACCGUUUCCGCGCCUACCUAUCGGCCAACGUGGAUUCCGCGGGACGUGCGCUGCUUGAUGUGACGUUCUGCACCAGCGACAUCCGGGAUCCCGAUUUCUUCGAGGUCUACGACAUUCUUGGAUCGGACGAGGUUCGAAGGCUGGACAUGAAUGGCGAUUACAUCGGGGCGCGACUGGAGCACGUAUUCCGUAGGUGCCGCAAUGUCGUCACUCUUAGCUUGCAACGCGGCUGCGUCAUCCUCCCCAUUCUCCGAUCCCUGAUGCCGGUUCCGAGCAAGGACGGGCGUGACGGCGGCGUUACAGCUCCUUUGCCAGAACUACGGGAACUACGGAUGUCCUCAGAGUUCUGGACCCCGGUGUCUGAAGAGUCGUAUUUGCGGGCAUUGGAUGAGCUACUCGACAGACGGGGCGAGACACUCGGGGCGGUGCUCUCAGUAUCGGUUGAUGACGAUGAAGGGGAACCAGCUUUCGGUCAGCACUCUCGACCAUGCAUACGUGGAUUUGCACCACUCUAA